AUUUUAACAUCUUACUACAGAAACAAAAGCAAGCCCUCUAACUUUAGUUUAUGAUAUUUUUCUUACGGUUUCCUCUCCUCUCUCUCUUUUGUGCCAGAGGCCCACAGAUUCAGAUUGACACUGAAAUUUCGAAAGAGAGAGAGCUUAAAGACAUUUGGAUUUAGCCAUUGAACCUCCUGCUGCAGCUGUUUCAGUCGCCAAGUUUGUUUCUUUCAGUCCUCGUUCCUUCCGCAACCUUCCUCCUUCUUCAUCUUCAAGUCCAUGAUUCUUCUUCUGCCCUAAAUCUUGAACUCAAAGGAAGCUGACGAUGGAAGGAAGAAGGAUCAUAGCAAACCCUAAACCUUGCAGCGGCAGAAGAAUCGUAGCCAAAAAGAGGUCUCGUUCCGAUGGAUUCAUCAACAGCGUCAAAAAGCUCCAACGCAGAGAAAUCUCGUCUCGUAUGGAUCGAGGCUUCUCCAUAAGCACCGCUCAAGAAAGAUUCCGCAAUAUGCGUCUUGUGGAACAAUACGAUACGCACGACCCUAAAGGACACUGUUCAGUUGCAUUACCCUUCUUGAUGAAACGAACCAAAGUUAUCGAGAUUGUCGCUGCGCGGGACAUUGUCUUUACUCUUGCUCAUUCUGGUGUUUGCGCAUCUUUCAGCAGAGAGACGAACAAAAGGGUUUGCUUUUUAAAUGUUACCCCUGAUGAAGUCAUACGUAGCUUGUUCUACAACAAGAACAAUGAUUCACUCAUCACGGUUUCUGUUUACGCCUCCGACAAUUUCAGCUCUUUGAAAUGCAGAUCCACUAGAAUCGAAUAUAUUCUGAGGGGUCAAGCAGACGCAGGAUUUCCCCUUUUUGAGUCUGAGUCACUGAAGUGGCCAGGUUUUGUAGAGUUUGAUGAUGUUAAUGGGAAGGUGCUGACAUAUUCUGCACAGGACAGUGUUUACAAGGUGUUUGAUCUGAAAAACUAUGCCAUGCUGUAUUCAAUAUCAGACAAAAAUGUCCAGGAAAUUAAGAUCAGUCCAGGGAUAAUGUUAUUGAUUUUCAAGAGAGCUAUAAGUAAUGUUCCCUUGAAGAUUCUGUCAAUCGAAGAUGGCACAGUUCUCAAGUCCUUCAAUCACUUGCUUCACCGAAACAAGAAAGUUGAUUUCAUUGAACAGUUCAAUGAGAAGCUGCUAGUUAAGCAAGAGAAUGAGAACCUCCAAAUUCUUGACGUCCGAAACGCUGAGCUGAUAGAAGUUAGCAGAACCGAAUUCAUGACACCGUCAGCAUUCAUAUUUCUGUACGAGAACCAGUUGUUUCUAACGUUCAGGAACCGAAACGUUUCUGUCUGGAAUUUCCGCGGAGAGCUUGUGACGUCUUUUGAGGAUCAUCUUCUUUGGCAUCCUGACUGUAACACAAACAACAUCUACAUAACAAGCGACCAGGAUCUGAUCAUCUCAUAUUGCAAGGCUGAUACCGAAGAUCAGUGGAUGGAAGGAAAUGCGGGGUCGAUUAAUAUAAGCAAUAUCUUGACUGGGAAAUGCUUAGCUAAAAUAAAAGCAAGCGAUGGCCUUCCAAAGGAAGAAGAGAGCAGUAGCAGUUUGGGCAAGUCCAAGCAGAGAAAAAGUGCGGUUGCUGAGGCUUUGGAAGACAUAACCGCUCUCUUCUAUGAUGAAGAGCGUAACGAAAUUUACACCGGAAACAGGCAUGGCUUUCUCCAUGUAUGGUCUAAUUGAAGGUUCUACUCAUCAUUUGUUUGUGUAGAUUAAAUAGCUAUGGAGGAUCUCUCUGUGUCUUGGUUUUUCUUAAAAACUGUGUGUAAUGUGAUUUGUAACUUUCUCUAGUCUUUGAGCGGCAAUUGUGGUUGUAAUGAGUCAGGAACUAUGUGGGGGA